GCCGCGAGCGGACAAAAGCCGGGAAAAGGAAAACCCUGCCCUGCGAGUGUGGGUCAAUGCGUUUUUGCGGAGGAGGUGUUGGACUGCUAGGGCCCCGCUGAGAUUGUCAGUUUGCGCGCUUUUGAGUUUAAGCGUGUGUGGCUGUGGCGACCCCCAGCGCGUCGCCAGCGUACCUUCCUCUGCAGGAGAUAAACUGCACUCAGCUGAGUGCAAGAUUAAGAGGAAUUGAUUAGAAGUUGACUCUAAAGGUUUAUUGCAGUCAAAAUGUCUCAAAAAAUCCGUGGUGGUUCUGUGGUAGAGAUGCAAGGAGAUGAAAUGACACGAAUCAUUUGGGAGUUGAUUAAAGAAAAACUCAUUUUUCCAUAUGUGGAAUUGGACCUGCACAGCUAUGAUUUAGGCAUAGAGAAUCGUGAUGCCACCAAUGACCAGGUCACCAAGGAUGCUGCAGAAGCUAUAAAGAAGUACAAUGUUGGUGUCAAGUGUGCUACCAUCACCCCCGAUGAGAAGAGGGUUGAGGAGUUCAAGCUGAAACAAAUGUGGAAGUCACCAAAUGGCACCAUUCGAAAUAUUCUGGGUGGCACUGUCUUCAGGGAAGCUAUUAUCUGCAAAAAUAUCCCCCGGCUUGUGAGUGGAUGGGUAAAACCCAUCAUCAUAGGUCGUCACGCUUAUGGGGAUCAAUACAGAGCAACUGAUUUUGUUGUUCCUGGUCCUGGAAAAGUAGAGAUAACCUACACACCAAGCGAUGGAUCCCAAAAAAAGACGUACCUGGUUCAUAACUUUGAAGAGGGUGGUGGUGUUGCCAUGGGGAUGUACAAUCAAGAUAAGUCAAUCGAAGAAUUUGCACACAGUUCUUUCCAGAUGGCUCUGUCUAAGAGUUGGCCUUUAUAUCUGAGCACCAAGAACACUAUUCUGAAGAAAUAUGAUGGACGUUUUAAAGACAUCUUUCAGAAGAUAUAUGACAAACAGUACAAAUCCCAAUUUGAAGCCCAGAAGAUCUGGUAUGAGCAUAGGCUCAUCGAUGACAUGGUGGCCCAAGCUAUGAAAUCAGAGGGAGGUUUUAUUUGGGCCUGCAAAAACUAUGAUGGUGAUGUGCAGUCAGACUCCGUGGCCCAAGGUUAUGGCUCUCUUGGCAUGAUGACCAGCGUGCUGAUUUGUCCAGAUGGCAAGACAGUAGAAGCAGAGGCUGCCCAUGGGACUGUAACACGCCACUACCGCAUGUACCAGAAGGGACAAGAGACAUCCACCAAUCCUAUUGCCUCCAUUUUUGCAUGGACCAGAGGGUUAGCCCAUAGAGCUAAGCUUGAUAACAAUAAGGAGCUUGGCUUUUUUGCAAAGGCUUUGGAGGAAGUCUGUAUUGAGACCAUCGAGGCUGGCUUCAUGACCAAGGAUUUGGCUGCUUGUAUUAAAGGUUUACCCAAUGUGAAACGUUCAGACUACUUGAAUACAUUUGAGUUCAUGGACAAACUCGGAGAAAACUUGAAGACAAAACUAGCUCAGGCUAAACUUUAAGGUCAUUCCUUGACUUGGGAGGACACGUGUUUUUUUGGUAAUUAGGUCCACUGGUUUACAUUUUUCUGUAUAACACUCAAGAGUAUGGGCAAAAUCAAUUUUCUAAUUUGUUUAGAAGUCAGAGUUUAUCUUUUCUAUAAGAUUACAGUCUUUUUCUUAUACAUACAAUUAUGCCACCUUCAUGAAUGUGGCUGGGAACUUUUUAAAAUUUUAUUUUCUAUUAGUAGCUUAGGAAUUACUUUAGUGCUGAUUUGUACUCACUGUCACUUUUUCUCAUGUUCCAGUAUAAAUGACCAAAAUGAAGAGUGCUCGAAAGGGUAAACUAUAGCCAUGGUAUUAGUCCCUAAAAUUGUAUAAAGUAGAAAUUCGCUCCCUUCCCCACUUUUCCAUGGCCUGGGGCUCUGGGUGGUUUUGCUGUAACAGGUGUCCCAUCCUGUGUGGUAGAGCUGUACCUUAAAAGUUGCCCAUGAGUUGGAAUGAAGAGCAUGGUUAUAACUAAGACACAGCAGUCAUAUAUGUAAAGAGCUCUGAUUGAACGUUUCGAAAAGGCUAAAGAUUUUUGAAGCCACUAAGAGUGUUUGGAAUCUAGAAUAAAUACUACUCGGGGGUUUGUCCUCUGCGUUUGUCUCCUCCUCCUGGCCCUGUGUGGCUUAAGUAUUAUACUGCCCUGAACAGCAUAUUUCAUCUAAGUGCAAUAAUACAAGCUGCACCUUUUUUGUACUUCUGCUGGCCUGUUGGGUUUUUUUUUUAUAUAAAUGUGACUUUUUAGAAAUUUGUUUUAAACACUAUACUAGUCUGUUCUUCAUCUAAACUAUUAAUUAAAGUUAAGUGCUAAUGACUAA